GGUGUUGAUGUGAUGAUGGUUCAGCCGGUGGAUAGCUCGUGUUCAACCGUCUGACCAUGCACCUGGUGCCGCAGGCCCGCAGAGCAACCGCAUUCUCUUCGCAGGCUCGUUCCAGAGGUUGCGGGUUAAACGCUGACACUGUGCCGUUCGGCAGGUUAGUUAGGGAGGAGGACGCCGCGUGCAGGGGAGAGGACAGCUGGUGCUUUUCCCUCCGGUGCUGAUCAACACACAGAGACCCGCCUGCUUCCUCUAUUGUUCUGUUUGUCUUCGUCAUGUUGGCAGUCCGGGUGAAGAUGCGGAUCGUGACGUCCGUGUGGAUGCUCUCAGCCGCCUUCAGCUUCAGCAUCUCUGCUGCCGCAGCCUCUGCGACCAGGAAGUGUGAGGACAGCCUGGCCACGCCCCUUCCCUACAGCUCCUUCACAGCAUCGUCAGUCUAUGGCCGAGGGUAUGGAGCUGGGUAUGCAAAACUCAACCGGAGACUAGGUAAUGGAGGCUGGUCACCAAUGGAUGGAAGCCAUUACCAGUGGUUACAGGUGGACCUGGGCUCCAGGAAGUGGGUGGUUGCUGUAGCAACACAGGGUCUCUUUGGUGGCUCUGACUGGACGAGCAAGUAUCGACUACUUUACAGCGACACACAGAAAAACUGGAGGCCUUAUUUACAAGAUGGGAACAUCUGGACUUUUGAGGGGAACGUGAACACUGAGACUGUAGUCCGACAUGAGCUCCAGCACGCCAUCCUAGCUCACUACAUCCGCUUCAUCCCGCUUGAGUGGAACAAGAAUGGACGCAUCGGUGUACGUCUAGAGCUCUACGGUUGUUCAUACUGGGCAGAUGUGAUUAGUUUUGAUGGUCAUGGAGUCCUCUCCUAUCGCUUCAGAAGUAAAAAGGUGAAGAUCUUGAAGGAUGUCAUUGCUCUGAAGUUUCGAACCACAGCCAGAGAUGGAGUGUUGCUCCAUGGAGAGGGACAGCAAGGAGAUUACAUCUCCCUUGAGCUCCGCAGAGCAAAACUGCAACUCAGCAUCAACCUCGGCAGUAACCAGUAUGGUUCUAUUCAGGGUCACACGUCCGUGACCAGCGGGAGCUUACUGGAUGAUGACCACUGGCACUCAGUCCUCAUAGAACGUUAUCGUAGAAAUGUUAACUUCACACUCGACCAUCACACACAGCGAUUCAGGACCAAUGGGCAGUUUGACCACCUGGACCUGGACUACGAGAUCGGUUUUGGAGGGUUGCCAACAUCAGCAAAGCCGAGUUCAGGAGGCCGGGAGAACUUUGUGGGAUGCAUGGAGGGAAUUACGUACAAUGGAGAGAACAUCACAAACCUUGUCCGCAGAAGGAGAAUUGACACCUCCAGCUUUCGCAACCUGACGUUUUCGUGUUCGGAGUCCAGCUCCUUCCCGGUCUUCUUCAACUCCACGUCCUUCCUGCAACUGCCCGGACAGAGUGACAGCGACACACUUUCAGUCAGUUUGUUUUUUCGUACGUGGAACCCACACGGGUUGCUGAUGUUCACGGCGCUGGCCGAUGGCUGGGUGGAAGUGGGACUGAUGGAAGGCAAGAUUGUCGUCUACAUGAACGUAACGCAGAGGAAGAACAUGCGCAUUGACGUGUCAUCAGGAUCAGGUUUGAGUGACGGCCAGUGGCACAGUGUCCAUCUGAACGUGUUGGAGAACUAUGCUAUGCUAACCAUUGAUGGAGACGAGGCCUCAACCAUUAGAACCGCCAUCCCGUUCCACAUCCAGACUGGAGGAACCUACUACUUUGGAGGUUACUUCCCGCCAACGAGCACAAGGCCGCUACAGCGCUCCUUCCAGGGCUGUAUGCAGCGAAUCCACAUAGACGAUCAUCCAGCUGAUCUCAGGGCUUUGGAGCAGGGUCAGAUCGGAUCCUUUGAAAAUGUCAGCCUGGACAUGUGUGCCAUCAUCGACAGGUGCGUUCCUAACCCCUGUGAGCACAACGGCCAUUGCUCUCAGACAUGGGAUUCAUUCAGCUGUAACUGCAGUGACACUGGAUACACUGGAGCAACCUGCCACACCUCCAUGUAUCAGCAGUCUUGUGAGGAGUACAAACACCUAAAGAAAAGUUCAGGGAGCUACUGGAUUGACCCAGAUGGAAGUGGCUCUGUCGCCCCCUUCAGAGUGACCUGUGACAUGACAGAGGAAAAGGUCUGGACCACACUGAAGAACAAUCUGUCUCCUCAGACGUCAGUCACCAGUGCAGACCAGGAGGGUAAAGCAGUGCUGCAGAUCACUUACAAUCUAACUGAUGAACAGCUGUUGUGGGUCACCGGCAGUGCUGAAUACUGUGAACAAUACGUCGCCUAUUCCUGUCGCAUGUCUCGUCUGCUCAACACUCCAGAUGGUGUCCCAUUUACGUGGUGGGUAGGAAGAGCCAAUGAGAGGCAUUCAUACUGGGGUGGAUCUGGACCAGGAAUACAGAAGUGUUCCUGUGGGAUUGAACACAACUGCAGUGACCCUAAACACUAUUGCAACUGUGAUGCCGACCUGCGACACUGGAAGGAAGACGCUGGUCUGCUGGUGUACAAAGACCAUUUACCAGUCAGCCAGGUUGUCGUCGGGGACACAGGAAGGGCUGGUUCUGAGGCCAAACUCACAAUAGGACCACUUCGAUGCCAGGGAGACCGGAACUACUGGAACGCAGCGUCCUUCACCAGCCCAGCCUCCUUCCUCCACUUUGCUUCCUUCAGAGGAGAAGCCAGCACUGACAUCUCCUUCUACUUUAAGACCUCCUCCACUCAUGGAGUCUUCCUGGAGAACUUGGGAACCACCAACUUCCUGCGCGUUGAACUCAGAGGUGGUGUGGGGGUGUGUUUGUCUUUUAAUGUCGGUAAUGAGCGGGUGGAGCUCAGCGUACACUCUCUGGUUCCUCUUAAUGAUGACCAGUGGCAUCGUGUGGAGGUGGAGAAAAACAUCAAGGAGGUGGUGCUGCAGCUUAACGGACAGCAGCGUGAAGUUCGAGCCGCUCCACUGCAGGGACACUCAAAGCUGGAAUUCUACAGUGACCUUUAUGUUGGUGCCUUAGGCGGCCACAGGGGAUUCCUGGGUUGCAUGCGUGCUUUGAAGAUAAAUGGUGUGACCUUUGACCUGGAGGAGAGAGCAAAGGUGACAGCAGGGGUGAAUCCAGGCUGCCAAGGUCACUGUAGUAGCUACGGUGUGCACUGCAGGAACGGCGGAAAAUGUGUGGAGCUGUACAACGGAUACUCGUGCGACUGCUCUCACUCAGCGUACGACGGGCCCUACUGCAUGGAUGACGUAGGCGGAUACUUUGAGACGGGCACCGUGGUGCGUUACGACUUCCUCCCGGAAGCAGGAAUGUUGCCAUCACAUGAAGCAAAGAGUGUAUCAGGAGUGGCUGUUCCCUCUGAGGUCAACCUCACUCAGGAGGAGCUGGUGUUCAGCUUCAGCACCACCAGCGCUCCCAGCAUCCUGGUCUACAUCAGCUCCAGGACUCAGGACUACCUGGCUGUGGUGCUCAGGCACAACGGAACUCUGCAGAUCCGCUACAGCCUUGGUGGUUUAAAGGAUCCUUACACCAUAGAUGUAAACCACCGCAACAUGGCGAAUGGACAGCCACAUUACGUCAACAUCACUAGAAAUGUCAAGGAGAUCCGACUGCAGUUGGAUCACUACCCGGUGUCCACACACAUGCUGCCGGAGGCCUCGGACACACAGCUCAACCUGCUCAAAAGCAUGUUUCUGGGAAAAGUCUUUGAAACGGGCCAGAUCGAUCCCAUCCUGAUUGAACGCUACAACACACCGGGCUUCAUGGGCUGUCUCUCAAGAGUCCAGUUCAACAACGUGGCACCGCUGAAGGCAGCGCUGCGCUUGGGCAUGGCAGGACCAGUCAGAACCCAUGGGAUCCUGGUCCCAUCCAACUGUGGGGCCUCACCCCUCACCCUCUCUCCUAUGGCCUCUGCCAGCGACCCGUGGCACAUAGACACCAAUGGCAGUGUUUACCCCUUCAGUGAGGACAAAGCCAGAGGUGACGGAGCGGACCGUAACUUUGCCAUAAUCGGAGGCAUUGUUGCCACAGUGAUCUUCACUGUUCUGUGCAUUAUGGUGUUUGUGGUCCGUCACAUGUUUCGCCACAAGGGCUCCUACCACACCAAUGAGGCAAAAGGGGCGGAGUCAGCAGACUGCGCUGACGCAGCGAUCAUCGUGAAUGACCCGGCGUUCACCGAAACCAUAGAUGAAAGCAAGAAGGAGUGGUUUAUCUGAAAGGUGUGUGCCCGAAGUGAGGGUGUACGUUGGACGCUUUGGAACAAAGAGCAGCUAAAAACGUUGACAGCGGACAUGUGGCAUGAUGGCACUGGACGUGGACUGUUUUAUCCAAACUUUAUUUACAAAGGACAGCGGGACAGAAUGAUCACCUUCAGAUGUUGGUGCCAUGACGUUACUGGCCUUGGAUGUUCAUCUUCUCAGCUUUUAUUUUUGGAUUAACUCAUAAAUUUAUUUGUUUCUAUUUAAUUAAUAUAUUUUGCCAUAAAAUGUCCCGUUUUGUUUGCCUUUCCUGAGUUGUAAAGACUGCUAUCUUUAGCAUGCUGCCUUCACAGGAUGUGCUGUAUUUCAGGUUUGAUGAAUGUUGAGUUCACUGUUGGUCCGUUUAUCAGAGUGUAGCAGUUUUUCUAAAAUCCAGGUUUAUUGUUUGCCU